AUGGCGACUCACAAAAGUACACACACCCAGCCAAUCACUGACCAGGAGGACGAUUCGAAGGCGUCGACCGUUGCCGAGCUAUCACUUGACGGCGGCGAUGCCAUGGCCGAGAAACAGAUUUCAGAUAAGCCCGAGGAUGCAAGAAAUUCCACAGACGACACCGAGUGUCCAACUGGGUUGAAGCUCGCUUGUGUCAUGACGUCUGCCUUUCUUUGCAUGUUUUUGACUUCACUGGACCGCAUGAUUAUCACGACAGCCAUUCCGAAGAUUACCGACGAGUUCCAUUCCGUUAACAACAUAGGCUGGUACGGAUCGGCGUACCUCCUAACCCAGUGUGCCUCACAACUCUUGUUCGGCAAACUCUACACCUUCUUCAGCGUCAAAGGCACAUUCCUGACUUCUCUCUUCCUCUUCGAAGUCGGUUCCACACUCUGUGGCGCCGCCCCGAACUCGGUCUCUUUUAUCAUCGGGAGAGCCAUUGCUGGACUGGGCGCAGCCGGCAUCCUCAGCGGUGUGGUCGUCAUCAUCGUGCACGCCGUGCCGCUCCGCAAACGUCCCACGUACCAGGGAUUCUUCGGCGCCAUUUUUGGCAUCUCUUCUGUCGUCGGACCCUUACUGGGAGGCGUAUUCACCUCAAAGGUCACCUGGAGAUGGUGUUUCUACAUCAACCUCCCCUUGGGAGGCGUGGCAGGCGUCUUAAUCUUCUUCAUUCUCACCAUUCCCGAUAGGCAGACAACGAAGCUUGACUUGAGGUCUAAGCUGGCACAGCUAGACUUCUUUGGAACCUCGCUGCUGGUUCCUGGAUCAGUGUCCCUGAUUCUGGCAAUGCAAUGGGGCGGCUCAACGUACUCUUGGAACAACUGGAGAAUCAUUCUUUUGUUGGUGCUAGCAGGCAUUCUGCUCGCGGGAUUCGCUCUGGUCCAGGUCUUUCUACCCAAGACGGCUACGCUUCCGGGGAGAAUCUUCAUGCAGCGCAGCAUCCUCGCUGCUGUCUAUACCACCAUCUGCAAUGGAUCGCAGUUAAUGAUUUUCUCGUACUAUCUCCCAAUCUGGUUCCAAGCCAUCAAGGGUGUUUCGGCGGUAGAAUCAGGAAUUCGUCUUUUGCCUCUUAUGCUUUCAAUGGUAAUAUCCACGCUGACAACAGGCGCCCUUGUUCGUCGAAUUGGCUAUUACACGCCAUUCUUGAUCGGGGGCGUUUGUUUGAUGUCUAUUGGCGCCGGCCUGCUCUACACAUUCGAGGUCGACACUGGCAGCGCCAAAUGGAUCGGCUAUCAGGUCAUCUACGGCUUCGGCUUGGGUGGUUCUACUCAAGCGCCCAGUCUUGCGGCCCAGACCGUGUUGCCGAAGAAAGACGUGCCCAUUGGGAUCUCUUUGACGUUAUUUGGCCAGCUAAUUGGAGGCGCCAUCUUCCUGUCAGUUGCUCAGAACAUCUUCACCAACCAGCUGCUCCAGCGACUGUCAUCCGUUCCCGGGCUUGACGCACAGAAAAUUAUGGACAGCGGCGUUACCUCGCUGACAAAUCUUCCCGACUCUGUCAAAGCCACCGUCUUAUUUGCAUAUAAUGAGGCGAUCAGGCAGGUCUUCCUGGUGGGUUUGGUCCUCGCGUGUGUCGCGAUCUUUGGUGCUUUGGCUUUGGAGUGGAGGUCCGUCAGGCAGCCUGAAAAUAACCAGGUUGAUAAUAAGGCGUGA